AUGUUAAAACUGGAGAAUAAAAAGCCAAAUUUGAUGGUCAUGAUGGAGCGAUCAACUCAGUAUGCUUCUCACCAGAUGGAACUAAUUUAGUAUCAGGUAGUGAUGAUUAGUCAAUUAGAUUAUGGAAUGUUAAAACAGGAUAAUAAAAAGCCAAAUUAGAUGGUCAUGAUGAAUGGAUCAACUCAGUAUGCUUCUCACCAGAUGGAACUACUUUAGCAUCUGGUAAUGGAGAUAACUCAAUCGGAUUAUGGAAUUUUUAAACUGAAUAAUAAAUAGCAAAAUUAGAUUGUCAUACUCAUUAUGUCUGCUCAGUAUGUUUCUCACCGGAUGGAACUACUUUAGCAUCUGGUAGUGUAGAUAAUUCAAUCAGAUUAUGGGAAUUAAAACUGGAUAAUAAAAAGCUAAAUUUGAUGGUUAUUAAUAUUAAGUCAACUCAGUAUGCUUCUCACCAGAUAGAACCACUUUAGCUUCUGGUUGUAGUGAUAGCUCGAUUAGAUUAUGGGAUGUUAAAACUGGAUAAUAAAAAACUAAAUUGGA